AUGGCUGCUGGUGGCCUUGACUAUUCGAUUCAAAAGAAAUUAGAUACACAACAUCUAAGAGAUAUGACACAAUUAGCAGAUAGGGUUAGACAGGUCGAACGUCUUAAGGCUAAAAAAGCCAGAUCAUCUAAGUUUCAUAAGAAAGAGAAAAUAGCUUAUGUCGAAACAAUAGAUGAUGAUGAUGAAUAUUGUGUAAAUUAUGAAGACGUUGAUGAUAAUGAGGUUAAUGUGGCUGAAUUGAAACCAGGACCUCCCUACACUUGUAAAUUGUUAAAACCAUCAAAUGGGAAAAAUCCUGUCGAACCAAAAAAUGAUAAAUUUGUUGCUAAGACUUAUACAUUUGAUAUAACAAAAUGUGAUGAAAUUUGUGAUUUGAUAGUUACUGAUGGCCAAAUUGUUGUCCCAAAAGGGUUAAAAACUCCUCCUUUGGAACAACGAAAGAAAAGAGGCUUUUGCAAAUUUCAUAAUUUUCUUGGUCAUAAAACCUCACAAUGUGUUCUUUUCAGGGACUUGGUCCAGAAAGCUCUGAAUGAUGGAAGACUUAAAUUUGGAGAUAAGUCCAAACAACCAAAGAAACUAUACGAAGAUCCAUUGCAAGUAUCUGAUGCUUCGUACGUGGAGCUAGUUGAAUGUCUAAUGAUUGAUGCUAUGGACUUGUCUAGAGGUGCACAAUUGAUUUCGAUUCCAAAGGAUGAAUACUAA